UCGCUUGUAAACAUGUUUUGAAACUGUGUUGCUACGUGCCGGAGGUUCCUUUCUUUUUAAAACGUAAAUUUACUUUCUAGAGUUUAAACAUGAGUGCAUCUGUUCCAAAAAAAGAUAUAUUACCGACUGUAGCUCAGAUAAAAGCAGAUUCAAUCACUCAGCUAGCAAAUAAAUAUUGGGCUCCGAACAGACAGAAUCGUCUUGAAUCCGAUCCCUCAUUAAUAAGUGUUGAUAUAAUUAAUGAUGUAUACGCUGAUGAAAUCGUUGCUUCUGAUUUUUCAGUCAGACGCAUUAUGGUUCUUGAACUUAGUCAAUACCUUGAAAAUUGUCUGUGGCCGAAAUUUAACAAAGAUGCAUCACAUGCUCACAUGAUGUCCAUCGUAAUUAUGGUAAAUGAAAAAUUUCGUGAACGUGUACCAGCUUGGGAACCGUUUAAAGUCAAACCGGAGAACUUUCCAGUUUUUUUCAAACAGGUGUUACGUAGCGUUUUGGAUGAAAGUGUAUCGCUUCGAGAAAAAACUUGUUUGCUUGUGUUUCUUAUCCAUUGUUUCAACAGUUGUGAAGUUGAAAUUAUCCGAGAAAAUGUCAAAAAGCUAGUUUCAUUAUCUAUAUGGAUAAAUAUUCUACCAGAGAGACGAGAUCAAGAAUUUAGAAAAUGUCAAUUUCUUGUGAAAUAUUGGAAUAAAUUGAAAAAGAAGGACAAAGAAUUGAAUACAGAUGAGUUGGAAGCUGUUGAGUUUGAGAGGAAGUUCUUAUUCAACUUAAUUCAGAAUUUCUUUACAGUUUUAAGUACCAUUCCAAAUCAAGAGAAAUCCCCAGAACUUGAUAAAGAAAUGUUAGAAACUGUUCAUUAUUGUGAGAGAUUCAUUGAACUUCUUAUUGAUCUUGAAGCUCUACCAUUAACAAGACGUUUUUGCAAUGUCUUGUUGGAUGAUUGUCAUACUGUAGUAAAAUGUCAGUUAUCAAAUUUAAACCAAAGGACAGAGGGACGUUUGUUUACACAGCUGUUGGAUAUUUUAAAAUUUUAUUCACGUUUUGAAGUAAAUGAAUUUACAGGUGAACCUCUUACAGAUAAUGAUAUGAUGUUGAUACAUUAUGCUUUAUUUACUAAUGUACAGAAAGCCGCUUUCAAGAAGUUUCCUGAGUUAAGGCAAUUUUAUCUUGCAAAUGUUGCUAGUGUUGAUACAAGAACCAGCUUAGAGAAAGUUUUUUCAUCUUUGGAAAAUCCUACACUGCAUGAGAUGGCAGCAUUUGUUAAGUUAUUACCUGGUAUUGAAAAGGCUGAAAAUCCUUUUGAUAAUCAAUUUCUUUUAGAAUUACUAAUUUCAAAAUUGGAGAAACGCGAUUCUCAGUUAGAAGCCUUAAAUCAGAUGCCUCUUUAUCCUACAGAGAAAAUUAUAUGGGAUGAAAACAUUGUGCCAUCAGAAUAUUUUUCUGGAGAAGGAUGUCUUGCAUUACCAAAAUUAAAUCUCCAGUUUCUAACUCUGUAUGAUUAUUUAUUUAGAAACUUUAACUUAUUUCGUUUAGAGUCUACUUAUGAAAUCAGACAAGAUAUUGAAGAUGCUAUUAGAAGAUUGAGACCUUGUAAAACUGAAGUUGGUGAAGUUAUGUUUAGUGGUUGGGCUCGAAUGGCUCAGCCAAUCACAACAUUUACCAUCAUAGAAGUUGGUAAACCAAAUAUUGGUGAGAAACAACCCUCCAGAGUUAGAGCAGAUGUAACUGUUACUUUAAGUUAUCAAAAUGACAUAAAAGCUGAAUGGGAAUCUCUGCGUAAGCAUGAUGUAUGUUUCUUAAUCACUGUUAAACCAAAAUGCUUGCCUGGUACAGCAUAUGAUCCAAAACAACCAUUUGUACCUCAGUUUGGCUUGGCUUAUGUUAGAGGAUGUGAAAUUGAAGGUAUGUUAGGCCCUACGGGUAAGGUUAUUGAGGAGGGACCUGAGCCGAAACCAGUAAUGGAAGGUGAUACAAGAACUUUUCGAGUGUGGUUGGAUUGCAAUCAGUAUCGUUUAGACAUGUUGAAUGCUGUUGGUGGAAAGGAAGAUGUUUAUGAAACUUUUAAUAUUAUAAUGCGAAGAAAACCAAAAGAAAAUAAUUUUAAGGCAGUUCUGGAGACAAUAAGAAGUCUGAUGAAUACUGAUUGUGUAGUUCCUGAUUGGCUGCAUGAUAUUGUUUUGGGUCAUGGUGAUCCUGGUGCUGCUCAUUAUUCAAAAAUAGAUGAUCAGAUAAUGGAAUUUGAUUUUAAUGAUACUUUUCUAAAUAUGGAUCAUUUAAGAAAAAGUUUUCCGGAUUCUGAGAUACAAGUGAAUGUUGAUGAUCCUAAAAAACUAGUGCCACCUUUUAAAAUAAAAUUUUUACCUCCCGAUGAUGAGGAAAAGAAUAAGUUGGUAGUUACUCCCCAUGUUUUACCUAGUCGUGGACCCUAUCUAUAUGAGCAGCCCAAAAAGAAUAUGAUCCAGUUUACCCCAACACAAGUUGAAGCUAUUCGAUCUGGAAUGCAUAGAGGACUCACCAUGGUGGUUGGACCUCCUGGAACAGGGAAGACUGAUGUUGCAGUACAGAUAAUUUCAAAUCUGUACCAUAAUUUCCCAAAUCAAAGGACACUAAUUGUGACUCAUUCUAAUCAGGCCUUGAAUCAACUUUUUGAAAAGAUUAUGGCUUUGGAUAUUGAUGAAAGGCACUUGCUUCGUUUGGGACAUGGUGAAGAAUCACUUGAAACCGAGAAAGACUUCAGCCGUUAUGGUCGAGUAAAUUAUGUUUUAGCUAAGCGAUUAGAGUUGUUAAAUGAGGUUCAAAGGCUACAAGAAAGCCUUAAUGUGCCUGGUGAUGUCUCGUAUACUUGCGAGACAGCUGGUCAUUUCUAUAUGUAUCAUGUGUUGGCUCGAUGGGAAGAGUUUCUAAGCAAAGUAAAACCAGCAAAAAAUAAAUCAGUUUCUAAAGAAAAAGUGGCAGAGUGUUUCCCUUUUGCUAAAUUUUUUGACAAUACCCCUCAGCCUCUGUUUCGAGGUGCAAAUUAUGAAGAAGAUAUGGAAAAGGCUGAUGGGUGUUUUCGCUACAUAAAGAAAAUCUUUUCACAACUGGAAGAAUUCCGGGCCUUUGAACUAUUGCGUAGUGGCUUGGAUAGAUCUCAGUAUUUAUUAGUGAAGGAAGCUAAAAUCAUAGCUAUGACUUGCACUCAUGCAGCUUUGAAAAGAAAAGAGCUGGUAGAAUUAGGUUUUACUUAUGAUAAUAUUUUAAUGGAAGAAUCUGCACAAAUAUUAGAAAUUGAAACAUUUAUUCCUUUGUUGCUGCAAAAUCCACAUGAUGGGUUUAAUCGUCUGAAAAGAUGGAUCAUGAUUGGUGAUCACCAUCAAUUGCCACCUGUGAUUAAAAAUAUGGCUUUCCAGAAAUAUAGUAAUAUGGAACAAUCAUUGUUUACUAGGUUUGUUCGGCUAGGUGUUCCAACAAUAGAUCUAGAUGCCCAAGGACGUUCAAGACCAAGUAUAUGUAAUCUUUAUAAUUGGCGGUAUAAGAAUUUAGGAAACUUACCACAUGUGCUCAAUUUACCUGAAUACAAAAUGGCAAAUUCUGGAUUUUGGUUUGAUUACCAGUUAAUUAAUGUUGAAGAUUUCAAUGGCAUUGGGGAAUCUGAACCAAAUCCAUACUUUUAUCAGAAUCUAGCCGAAGCUGAAUAUGUUGUUGGUGUUUUUAUGUAUAUGAGAAUCCUUGGAUAUCCUGCUGAAAAAAUAUCUAUUCUAACUACCUACAAUGGACAGAAGCAUCUGAUUCGAGAUGUUGUGAAUAAGAGAUGUGCGAACAAUCCUGUAUUUGGACGACCUCACAAAGUAACUACUGUCGACAAAUAUCAAGGACAACAAAAUGAUUAUAUUCUUUUAUCUUUAGUAAGAACAAAAGCUGUGGGUCACUUGCGAGAUGUCCGUCGAUUAGUUGUUGCAAUGUCUCGUGCUAGAUUGGGUCUUUAUAUAUUUGCUCGAGUAUCUCUGUUCCAAAACUGUUUUGAAUUAGGACCAUCAUUUAAAAUUCUUAUGCAACGUCCUCAAGUGUUAUAUCUUUUGCCACAUGAAGUAUACCCUUGUACCCGAAAAUCAGAUGAUGAGCCAAUGGGGGAACCAUAUAUAAUAAAUGAUAUGCCUCAAAUGGCUCAGUUUGUGUACCAAUUUUAUCAACAGAAAUUAGAGUUGGCAAAAAUGCAUAUGGAAGAAGUGAAAAAAGAUCAAGAGUAAAUUAUCUGUCUCAAAAUUAGAUAUUUUGUUAUGUGGUAGCAAGUUACUUUUGUAUAUUUAUAAUUAAUAAUCAAAUCCGAUUAAAUAAUCUGAAUUUAUUUCGAAAGUAUUUCAUGUUAAAGAUACUAGACAUCGCUUCUCAUAAUGUUUUUGAUUUCAGAAAUUUCUUUGGUUGCAUGAUUAGUGAUUAUUUGCUUAUUGUAGUAAUUAAAUUACUAUCAGUUUUAAAAUUUAAUUUGCUUAUGAUUUGAAAAAUAUUUUUCGAAAUAUUUGAUUUUAUCUCCCCCCCCUUUUCACAUUAUUUUUGUAAUUUUGAUAUUAAUUUCUUUAUUGUUUCUUCAUAUUAUGCUUUAUGAAAUGCUGAUUUUGUGUAUUUAUAAAUGUGAAGACAAUAGUUACUUGUCUAAGAAAGUUUUUAUUUUGAGAAA